UAUUGAAUCCCUUUCGAAUAUUGCUUUUUAUUCGUAUUAUUAUAUUCAGUAAGAUGGAAUCACUCCGAACAGUCAUUUCUCGACUGUUUAUUGAUAUACAAGAUAACUCGUCGACUAUAGAUUGGUUGAACAUAAAGAAUAAUUCACAAUCAUUUUAUGGACUAUUUAAUAAAAAUCCUUCUAAAAGACGUCGAUUACAUUUACUUCACCCUGAAACAUCUAACGAAUCGCUUUAUAAUAAUUUCGUUGUUAAUCAUAUUACUUCCACUCAUCGAAUUAAUUAUGAGACUUUAGCUAGUGACUUUGUAAGAGCAUGUCAAAUGGGCGGUAAUAAUGUUACUGAGCAACUUAAAGUUAUAUUAUUAAAAUAUCGCGAACCACCUUUAACACUAGAGAAAAAUUCUCGCUUAAUAACAUUUUUACAUCAUGUCUUGAAAAUAAUACCUAUUAUACCCACAAACAAAACCAGCUUCCCUUUAGGCUCACUUAUAGAAGACUUGACGUUAACACUUUCAACUCAACAACCUCACAUCUGGAUUAUAACAAUACAAUUCAUGUUAUCGUGCCUUCGAAGUGCGCCACAACAAACUAUUUAUCAGUCGGGUGUAACUACACCUGUCAUUUUAAGCAUCAUUAAGCAUAUUUUAUUAGAACUUACUCGUUUACCUUAUAUGGAUAUGACACCAAUGCAAGAAAAAUGCUUUUCAGUUGGUAAAGAAUUAUUAGAUCUAUUCCUGAUUCGAGACAAUAAUAAAGAUAAUAAAUUAAUGAUCGGCAUUGGGACCAUUUCAUAUUAUGAUGUUAUUUAUUCUUUCCCUGAAUUAUAUGGCCACUUUUUGAAUUCAACAACGCCUACCACAACCACAACAUCACAGUCUCAUCCUUUGAUUGCAAAUCACAACAUUUGGUUAAUGACACUUGAUUACUUGAUACUUUCAAUCAAACAAGAUGCUCGACUUUUGGACCGCAUACCAACAUCAAUGGCUAUCAAUAUUAUUAAGCAUAUAUUGCAUGAAAUCAAUACUUUGCCUGCCAACUUGACAACAUUGCAAGUAAAUUGUUUGAAUAAAGGAAAGGAGUUGAUAAACCUCUUACUUUUGGGUCCUAGUGGAGAUGGUGCCGGUGCAGUUUCUCAUUAUGACAUUAUUGUAGCCUUACCUGAUGUCUAUGGUCAUUUCCAGCAUGGUACUUUUGCUCAAAGCGUACAUUGGGCUAUGGAAAAGUUUAUUAAUGAAUUAGGUAAACGUCGUCGUCAUUUAGCCUUUCUAAUGAUGCCUCCUGAUGCCUCUUGGCCACUUAUAUCUCAGAUGAGUAGAAGACAUGAAUAUAAUGAUCUUACUACUAGAACAAGUUAUCAUAUGUUUGAAGGUGAUUUGAUUGAAUUUGUUAAAGAAGGUAGCUCAACGAAUAUUGAAACUCAUUUUCGUGAUAUGCUGUUUCAACGUGCAUCCAUGGAUGAAUUUAGACAGUUAGCUAUGUCUCUCACUCAAACUGGUUUAGAUACAACUUUGAUUAGAAAAGCUAUGGUUGCAAAAGUAAGAGAUGUAAUUCGAUGUAUUCAGCAUUUUAGUCGAAAUGAGAAAAGGGAUGAUACCUCAAUCUCAGAGAGCGAAUAUGAGCAUUCUGAUAAAGGCGAUAUCAAAAUGCUAAUACCUGAGAAUAUAAAUUUAUGGGAAUUAAUGACUGAAACAGCUGAUCAACUCUAUAGUUUUGUUUCUGCAGACUUCUUUUCAUAUGAAGAUAUUCUACAAGACUUUUAUGACCUUGUCUAUCAACCCAAUGGUGAACCCUUUUUACCGAAUGCAAAGGAUCAUAUUCCAAAAGAUAAUGGACUUGUUUGGUUAUUAUUACAAUUAUUUUAUAUUGAAAAAGUCUCUAAAGAUGUUAUACAAAAGGAUUUUGAACAAGAUGAAAGGUUGUUUGAUAAACUUGUUCGAUUAUAUAAUGACCAACAAACAGAAUCCAAAGAUGCUUUCACUUUACGCGAUUUAGCUUUGCAAUGCGCAGUAAAUCAUCAAAAGGGCCAUAUAAAAGAUGUGACUAAUAUCAAGUAUCGACACCCUUUAAUUGCAACUUCUUUACAACAUGCUGGUCUCUGUUAUCAAAUUCAAGCUUAUUUUAGUAGCUAUUAUCAUAGCAAUGUCCCCACCAAUUCAACUUUAUUUAGCAAUUUAGAUUUACAGGAAAUGAUCAAGAUUGCUAUGGAAAGUCAGCUAAGACAAGAUGUUGUACCUUAUACCCUUUAUGUUUAUCUUGUACCCACCAAGGCAGAUAUCGACACUUUGGGGCACCCUUCAACAACAUAUAUCAAAGGCGGAUCACUUAGUUACAAACUAUUAGAUUUGAUUUGUAUUAAUGCAAAGCACCGAUUAUUACAGGUUAUCUAUAAGAUGAUGUUGGAUAGUGAAACGGGUCCUCGAUAUCAAUCUACCGGUACAUCUCCUAUUUCAUGUGUGCCCCCUAAUGUAAUUGAUGUUGUCUUCAAGUUACUCUACAGUGCACCUUGUUCAGCAGAACUUAUGGUAAAAGAAAUUUUUGAUAAAUUGAGACGCUGUGAUAAAAUGGUAAAAAUGAAGCAUACAGGAGAAUCCAGUCAUGGUGUCAUUAUUCAACAAUUACCUGAUCAAACAAUGCGCUGGUUACAAACCAUACUACAGUUAAUGAAUUAUCGAUUUAUUCGUUUCUUAAAAUGGUCAUCUUUGUCAUCUGGAUUAUUGCAUUACAUUCGAUAUUCCAUUUCUUCUUUGGAAAAUAGACAAUGCUAUCAAACUCUCGAAUCAUUUGCUAUUAAUAUCAUUCAUAUGCAAGUUGAUGUUAAAUUGUUACGUUCACUUGAUGAUCCUCAUCGUGAUAAACUCAUUUGGUUUGCAGAAUCUGAAAUGCUUGCACGACAUACUGUUUAUACGAUUAGCCGAUUAAUUAAAACGAGAGGCCAAGCAGAUAUUAAGACAGAUCAAAUCCAUCGCGUUUUGUCAAACCUUUACGAAUAUAAAAUUGAAUGGUCUAAUGAAGCUAUUAGCUAUUUUCCAACUGCUGUUCGAUCAUUUUAUGAGACUGUGAAUACAAGUACACCUUCACGACCCUCAUUUACACCUCAACGCGUACAACAACUUAUUUCAUCCAACAAAGCUAUAAUGUCAUAUUUACUUCAAGGUAUUCCAGAAGUAGAAGGCAUGGUUGUUCACUUCUUUUCAACGUUAGAAAAUCAGUCAAGUUUAUUAUGUGCUUUAUGGGUCAUCGUGAUCACGAGAAAUACUACAGACUGUUUUCAUUUACCUUCUGUUCGUCGAUUGCUCUUGUUAAUACCACCUUCACGUAUGGCUACAAAUACCAUUGAUUUUAUUGAUUUUAUUUUGAAUGUUGAAUAUCCUCUUAAUAGUUCAGAAGUGAUUUACAAAUUUUUGGAUUCCUUUAUCUGGAAAUAUCAAUGGAUCAAUUUCAACCAUGUCAUAUUUGCACUUGUAAAGGGAAGUGGGAGUUUAGAGAGGACAAAUAAGGCUAUGCACUUUUUACGUUAUUUAUUGUUUGAAUCACCCGAAUUUCAAAAACGUGUACAAAAAUGGGAUUCUCUUGGCUUUAGUCCACGCCCUUGGACAGAGGAAAAGUUUCAUGAAAAGCUCAUGAGUUAUUUACGAGAGUACCCCGAAUAUUACGAAUUUGAAGCCUUUGCUAUGCGACAAAGCUAUGAACCAGCCUUAGAUCUACCUCAUCAACAGACCAAACUACCCAUCUAUUUCAGCAAUGUUGUAAACGACUUUAUUGUAUCAAUGGAAACAUUAAUUAUGCGAUUGAUUGAAUACUCACAGAAGGAAUUAUUAAUGAAGCUAUUAGAUACAUAUGGUCAUUUGUUUUAUCAACAUCAGUGCCCGCUUUCAUUUGUCACAAGUCUUUUGCUCUAUUAUCAUUCGUCCGAGACAUUACGCGAUCCAUUGAUACUUAAAAGAAUUUUGAGACUCUUAGAUUUCAACCAAUAUACAUUUGUACCUGAAGCAAAACAUUAUGCCCUGCAUUAUGAAGAUGAUGGAAGUAGAUUUGAUACCGAGUAUUUUGAAAGAGUGAUUUAUAAACUUGCUGGAAAUCUGAAUCCACAAAAAUGUGCUCCUAGAAUGAAUGCAGAGUUACCUGAAAGACAUUUUCGAGAAAUUGGAAGUCCAGCAGUAGAAGGGAUAUCUAUAGCUACAUUAGAGAUCAUGAUGACCCCUGUUCCACCUUCUAUUAUUAUUAGAAAAUUAUUGGAUUUAGCUCUUUUAAGGGAAUCACAUCAUGCUGGUGUUUCAGCUUUGAGACUACAUGCUAUUGGAUUACUUGUUCCUUUACUUCCUCAAAAAGAGUUUGUACGUCCUAUUUUCGAAGAAUUAAACGAACUUAUAGAAACAGAUCCAUAUUUGUUAGAGAUAUCCGAACCUUGUAGAUUGAUACGAUGUGGUAUACCAAAAAGUGUAAAUGGAAAAUAUAAGAUGACUCAGUCCUUACCUGAUUUAACAACAGCAGCAGCUUUAAAGGAUUCAAUAAGUUCACGGCUUCGUAAAGCAAUGAUAUAUCCUUAUAUCUUUAAUGACUAUACAUUCAAUUUGCAUAACUACGGUACAAACGUGCCCAACAGUUUCUUAUGUUUAUUCCAUAGUAUAGUGCAUUACUCCAGUUUAGAUAUAUUUUCCUUUUUAUUAGAAUAUAUACGAAAAUUGCGUCAAUCAGGUAAAUUAAGAACGGAUGUACAAUUACUAUAUAUAUGUUUCUUGCUUGGACCUGCUCUUCAUCGUAUUGAAAAGUUAGAUAUUAGUGAUGCUGGCUUUUUAAUUGAAUUAAUGUAUAUGGUCAAACAAGUGACUGUGUUGAUGGAUAUGAAAGAUGGAUGGACUACACAGGCACUUGAGCAAGUGUAUGACUUUUUAUAUCAUAUUCGAACAAGAUUCGUAAAAUCAAAUGAACUUGCAUCUCAAAUAAGGGACAUCAUUCGUUCCAUGAAUCCACCCAUUUCUCAAAGACUUUUAAGACUUGUCUUUGAGCAAAGCAAGUAGUAACAAGUCAAUAAAAUAAUCCAUGUUCUCCUCAUUUCUGAGUAUAAAAUAUUUAAAAAAGUAUAAUAGUAAUAAAAAAAAAAAGAA